AAAGACUGCGACAGCAUGAGAGACCCAUGCUUCUCCAAUCCCUGUCAAGGAAAUGCCACUUGUGUGAACACCCCAGGAGAAAGGAGUUUUCUCUGCAAAUGUCUGCCUGGUUUUAGUGGGACAACCUGUGAAACUGCCAUUGUUUCCUGUGGCACAAACGCCUGCCAGCACGGAGGUGUUUGCCGUCAGGACCCUGUUCACCCUGUCUGCAUCUGUCCUGAUGGAUAUGCUGGAAGGUUCUGUGAAAACGAUCUUGAUGAGUGUGCUUCCAGCCCUUGCCACAAUGGGGCCAUGUGCCAGGAUGGAAUCAACAGCUAUUCCUGCUUCUGUGUCCCAGGAUAUCAAGGCAGCCAUUGUGACCUGGAAGUGGAUGAAUGUGUUUCGGAUCCCUGUAAGAAUGAAGCUACGUGCCUCAACGAGAUAGGAAGAUACACUUGUAUUUGUCCCCAAGACUAUUCUGGUGUGAACUGUGAAAUGGAAUUUGAUGAAUGUUGGUCCCAGCCCUGCCGAAACGGUGCAACUUGUCGGGAUGCUCUGGGGACCUAUUUCUGUGACUGUCCGCCUGGAUUUGUAGGUGAACACUGUGAACUCAAUACCGAUGAAUGUGCCAGUCAGCCGUGCCUCCAUGGCGGGCUGUGCGUAGAUGGGAACAGCAGCUAUAGCUGUAACUGCACGGGUAGUGGAUUCACAGGGACACACUGUGAGACCCUGAUGCCUCUGUGUUGGUCAAAACCCUGUCAUAAUAACGCUACAUGUGAGGACAGUGCUGGCAAUUACACUUGUCACUGCUGGCCUGGAUACACGGGUGCCCAAUGUGAGACCCAUAUCCAUGAAUGCAACAGGAACCCUUGCCGGUCUGGUGGGACGUGUGUAGAGCUGUCCCCAGAGAAACAACAUGGUCGCCUUGCUCAGCUGCCUUCUUCAUUCAGCCACCCUGAAGCCUCAGGUUAUGUUUGUAUCUGUCCGCCUGGACUCACAGGGAUCCACUGCGAAGAAGACAUGGAUGAAUGCUCUUCAAACCCUUGCCAAAAUGGUGGUACCUGUGAGAACUUACCUGGUCAUUAUACUUGCCACUGCCCAUUUGAUAACCACUCGGGAACAUUUUAUGGAGGAAGGAACUGUUCUGAUAUUCUCCUGGGUUGUACCCAUCACCAGUGUCUGAAUAAUGGAAUAUGCAUCCCUCACUUCCAAGAUGGCCAGCAUGGAUUCAGCUGCCUGUGUCCCUCUGGCUACACUGGGUCAUUGUGUGAACUUGUCACCACACUUUCUUUUGAGGGCGAUGGCUUUCUGUGGAUCACAAGUGGCCCAGUUACAGAAGAGGGCUUAGCUUGUCACAUAGCCCUCAGGUUCCAGACUGUUCAGCCAAUGGCCCUCCUACUUUUCCGAGGCAACAGGGACAUGUUUAUAAUGUUGGAGUUGCUAAGUGGCUACAUUCACUUGUCAAUCCAAGUCAAUAAUCAGUCAAAGGUGCUCCUCUACAUUUCCCACAACACGAGCGACGGAGAAUGGCAUUCAGUGGAGGUGAUGUUUGCAGAGGCUGUGACCCUUACUUUACUUGACAACUCUUGUAAGGAGAAAUGCAUCAUGAAAGCUCCUUCUCCAUUUGAAAGUGAUCAAUCAAUAUGUGCUUUUCAAAACGCCUUUUUGGGUGGUUUACCUGGAGAAACCGGAGAAACGGCCAGCAGUGUCAUUGCUCUGCUUAACCUCUAUAAUAUACCAUCCACACCUUCAUUUGUAGGCUGUCUCCAAGACGUUAAAAUUGAUUCGAAUCACAUUACUCCAGAGGCCAUUUCAUCUGGCUCGUCUCUAAAUGUCAAGGCAGGCUGUGUGAGAAGGGAUUGGUGUGAAAGACAACCUUGUCAAAACAGAGGACGCUGCAUCAACUUGUGGCUGAAUUACCAGUGUGAUUGCUACAGACCCUACAAAGGCCCAAACUGCCUGAGAGAGUAUGUAGCAGGUAGAUUCGGCCAGGAUGACGCCACUGGAUAUGCUGCUUUUAAUCUUGACAAGAGUUAUGGAGAGAACUUCACCAUCUCUAUGUUUGUUCGCACACAUCGACCAUCAGGCUUACUCCUAGCUUUGGAAAACAGGACUUAUCAAUACAUCCGUGUUUGGCUAGAGCAUGGCAGACUAGCAAUGCUGCAUCCAGAUUCUUCAAAGUUAGUAGUAAAGUUUGUUCUUAGUGAUGGAAAUGUCCACUUGAUAUCUUUGAAAAUAAAGCCAAAUAAAAUUGAACUGUAUCAGUCUUCACAGAACCUAGGAUUUGUUUUUGCCCCUACAUGGAAAAUCCAAAAAGGAGAUGUCAUCUACAUUGGUGGCUUGCCUGACGGACCAGAGACCGAAGCUAAUGGUGGCUUCUUUAAAGGCUGUAUCCAAGAUAUAAGAUUAAACAACCAGAAUCUGGAAUUCUUCCCCAGUUCAACAAACAAUGCAUCCCACAAUCCAGUUCUUGUCAAUGUGACCUAAGGCUGUCCUGGAGACAACAUGUGCAAGUCCAACCCCUGUCACAAUGGAGGUGUGUGCUAUUCCCUGUGGGAUGAUUUCUCAUGUUCCUGCCCUGCGAACACAGCUGGGAAAGCGUGUGAGCACGUCCGGUGGUGUGAGCUCAGCCCGUGUCCUCCCAGAGCCCAGUGCCAGGCUGUGCCUCGAGGAUUUGAAUGUAUUGGAAAUGCUGUUUUUAAUGCACAAAGCAGUGAAAUAUUAUUCAGGAGCAAUGGGAAUAUUACCAGAGAACUCACCAAUAUCACAUUUGGUUUCAGAACAAGGGAUGACGAUGUGAUCAUAUUGCAGGCAGAGAAGGAGCCUGAAUUUCUGAAUAUUAGCAUUCAAGAUUCCAGAUUAUUAUUUCAGCUGCAAAGUGGCAACAGUUUUUAUACGCUGGGUCUGACAAGUUCACAGUCCGUGAAUGAUGGCAUAUGGCACCAAGUGACUCUUUCCAUGAUGGACCCACUGGCCCGGGCCUCCAGGUGGCAAAUGGAAGUGGACAACCAAGCAUCUUUUGUGACCAGUGCAGUUGCCACUGGGAGCCUCAACUUUCUGAAAGAUAAUACAGACAUUUAUGUCGGUGACCGAGCUGUUGACAAGACGCAGGGCCUGAAAGGGUGUCUAGGUACAAUAGAAAUCAGUGGCAUUUAUCUCUCUUACUUUGAAAAUGUUCCUGGUUUCACUAAUAAGCCCCAGAAAGAGCAGUUUCUCAAAAUCUCUACAAAUGCAGUGGCUACUGGCUGUUUGCCGUUGAAUGCCUGCAACUCCAGCCCCUGUUUGCAUGGAGGAAAUUGCGAAGACAUCUAUAGCUCUUAUCACUGCUCGUGUCCCUUGGGAUGGUUAGGGGCACGCUGUGAACUCAACAUUGAUGAGUGCUUUUCAAACCCCUGUAUCCAUGGCAACUGCUCCGACAGAGUUGCAGCCUAUCACUGCAGGUGUGAGCCUGGAUACACCGGUGUGAACUGUGAAAUGGAUAUAGACAACUGCCAGAGUCACCAGUGUGCAAACGGGGCCGCCUGCAUCAGCAAACCCAAUGGUUAUUCUUGCCGCUGUUUUGGAAAUUUCACGGGAAAAUUUUGCAGACACACCAGAUUACCCUCGACAGUUUGUGGGAAUGAGAAGACAAAUCUCACUUGCUACAAUGCCGGCAACUGCUCCGAGCUCCAGGGUGCGUUCACAUGUCUGUGCGCGCCAGGUUUUACUGGGGAAUGGUGCGAAAAGGACGUGGAUGAGUGCGCCUCCGACCCGUGCUUCAAUGGAGGACUGUGCCAGGACCUGGUCAACAAGUUCCAGUGCCUCUGUGACGUGGCCUUCGCGGGCGAGCGCUGCGAGGUGGACUUGGCAGGUGACUUGAUCACGGACAUCUUCACCGCCGUUGGCUCAGUGACGUCAGCCUUGUUGUUGAUCCUCUUUCUGGUGGUGGUGGCUUCUGUGAUUGCCUCCAACAAGAGGGCGACUCAGGGAACCUACAGCCCCAGCCGUCAGGAAAAAGAAGGCUCUCGAGUGGAAAUGUGGAGCAUGAGGCCACCCUCUGCCGUGGAGAGGCUGAUUUAG